UUUGGUCCUUUACGGUUUCUGUACAGCGUGGAUGGUUUCUAUAGCAACUUAUCGUGUGCUUGUCAACUUGUCCUGAAAAACUGGAAGAAAUGGUCCUAAUUACAGAAGAUUUGAUCCGACGCCGCGCAGAACACAAUAACUGCGAGAUCUUCUCCUUGGAGGAGGUUUCCCUGCAUCAACAAGACAUUGAGAAGAUUGAACACAUCGACAAGUGGUGCCGGGACCUAAAAAUACUUUAUUUACAAAAUAAUCUCAUCCCCAGGAUUGAGAACGUCAACAAACUGAAGAAAUUGGAGUACUUAAACUUAGCCUUAAACAACAUUGAACUAAUUGAAAAUCUGGAAGGCUGUGAAAGCUUACAGAAACUGGACCUGACUGUGAACUUUGUGGGGCAGCUGAGCAGUGUGCAGUCUCUGAAAAGCAACCUGCAUCUGAGGGAGCUCUUUCUGGUUGGGAACCCUUGCACUGAGUUUGAGGGCUACAGGCAGUAUGUGGUGGCAUACUUGCCUCAGCUAAAGUUUCUAGAUGGAAAGGAGAUCAUGCGUUCAGAAAGGAUCCGGGCAGGGCAGGGCCUAGAGGCUGUGAGGAGGCGUGUCUGGGAGCAGGAGCAGGAAUACCUGGAGAAGAGAGCACGAGAGAAGCAGGAGGCCCAGGAUACAAAGAAGAACAAGGAGCAGAGGAAGAAGGAAGAAUCUUCUAGGAAGCCAGGAUUUGAUGGCCGUUGGUACACUGAUAUCAAUAACACUGUUCCAAAGGUACCUGAAGAAAACAAGGAAAAUGGGGGGAAUCCGGAAGAAGAGGAGAAGACCCGGGGCACGUGCACAGACGAUCUGGACAAGGAGUUCUGGGAAAAGCCGUGCGCCUUCACUCCAGAGUCCCGGCUGGAAGCGCACCGGCACAUGGAGGAGAAACGAAGGGCAAAAGACAGAGAGAGGGAAAAAGACAAGAAGGCCAAGGCUCCAAGGACACUGAUCACAGCAGAGGGAAAGGUCCUGAAUGUCAAUGAACCCAAGCUGGAGUUCUACUUGUCUGAAGAUGAGGUGAACAACACGAUCAUUCUGGAUUUGGCUGUUUACAGGCAUAUGGACACCUCCCUUCUGGAAGUUGAUGUGCAACCAACGUACGUUAGAGUGACAGUGAAAGGAAAGACCUUUCAGUUGGUGCUUCCUGCAGAAGUGAGGCCUGACAGCUCCACAGCGAAGAGGUCUCAAACUACUGGACAUCUUCUUGUCACCAUGCCAAAGAUCCAAGGAGAAGUCAAACCAAAAAAGACAGCCCCUCGUCUUUUGCAACCUUCGCAGAGCAGUGAAGUGCCUGCGGAAAAGACAAGGAAAAUGACAGGACCUGAGAGACUAGAAGUGGACCCCAGCAAACACUCAUGUGUGGAUCUGGCUAACAUCAUACCGAGGGAGAAGAUUGUAUCUCAAGGCCCAUUGAAGCUACAGCGCCCCCCACUGAACAAAGUCGGGUGUAACUCUGAAGACUUUGAGGAUGAUCCUGAUGUUCCACCUUUAGUAUGAAAGAAAGCGACUCACAAAGUCCUACAGUAGUGUGUGAUCUGAUCAACUGCCCUUCAGCUGCUCUGUGUUCACCUUCACGCCUGCGGCUUGGGCUACACGGUUUUAUGCACCACUCGAUAUCGCAGCUGUUACUGUCGCACUGUUCCAUUGUGACAAGGACCUGUAACUUGAGAUACCUGCAGUGUCUGAGUGUUUUAUCUAACCAUCUGUCAGUUUAUCAUCCUGUCUGUUUGCCUGUCUGGCUGUCUACAGUUCCUGUCUCCUUGUCUGUCUGUUGGCCUGUGUACAGUGUGUCUGUAUCUACAUCCAUCUGAGAUCAACCAGAUGGACAGAAAUACAAUGAAAAUAAAUGAAGUAAAAUAAAAUAUAAAAAUAACUGUAUAAAAAGGGCUGUAAUUCCUACUAGGCUCACCCAAUAUAGAUGCAAAUGCGCUCAGAUUAAAGCUGCACUUUAACCUCA